AUGGCGCCCACGCCCUUGCUAGCCGAUGCGUAUCGCAAGUACAAGAGGGGUACCGAAAGUCUCGUUCAAUGGCUAGCUGAGACAGCCCGCUCCACUGGUACAGUGGACAAGGUGUUCAGCGAUACCGCGAUACCGCCUCCGGGAGGCAGGCUGAAAGGAACUGCCAGGAAGGAGGCAAGGAAUGCUCCACGCACUUGCCGAAUCGCGACAAGAUCGUUUGUUACUCUUGCUACUGCCAUCGUCAGCGACAAGAAACUCUCCGUCCCAGCCUCGGUCUUGACAACCCUGCGGGCUGUGAUACGAGGCCGCAGGGAGUGUGCAGUCUGGUACGCGACUGCCUGUGAUUCCGAGGAUGACGCGGUCAAAGCAGAAAAUGCAAGCCACGCACAUUUCAUCAAGACAUUAGAAAGCGUUCUGGAAAUCCUUAAGGCCAAGAAGCCGGUAGUCAAAAAAGUGCAGCUCAAGACCAUGGAGACUGGACUCCUCCGCACAGGCAACGCAUACCACGUCCUAGAAGAGAAGGAGCUUUCAGGAUCCGACGAUAUACCUGAGAUUACUGAGAUCCAAGCUAAACCCGCCAAGACGAAGAAGGUCACGUACAAGCUCGAAGAGUCUGAUACUGACGUCAUUUUCGCUGUCUACUGCUUCCUGAAGGACGUUACAGAUCUCAGGAUUGCAGUCAGGCGCACUUGGCGUGAGUUUGCGAACGGCGACAUUGGUGUCCAGGCUGCCGCCCUUACCAUGAACGUCGCCUUGAACAUGAUUAAGAAGGUCAGCGACGAGUUUGAGGCAGCUAACCCUCGAUUCAACGAUUCAGAGAAUCGGAGCAUACAUAGCGAUAUGAUUGACUUCGUAUACCGCAGACGCCUCCCGACUAGACAAGGUUCGGCCUUCGAUGCAGCCGACGGUAACGACGAACCUUAUGCUUACAACGAAGAGAGGCAAAUGUUACACCUCGACACUGUAAUGUGCGUGCAUACCACAGAUAUACUUCUUCUCACGUUCGGUAAAGAAAAAGACGAAGAGUUCCAGCUCACCAACGACGAGAAGAGAUUCCUCAAGUGCGUUACGCAGCUUGCAGCAUCACCCCCUAUGCACCUUCGACUCAUCGAUGAAUACAUGGUGUACAAGGCUGCAAGAGCCAUGCUUUCUGAGGGCCUUCAACAGAGUUGGAUCAUGUUCUCCCUGCAGAUCUUCUGGGAUAUGCAGCGAGAGCUGGGGCCUCAUCUGUCUGUGGGCGAAUCGCUUCUCCACAGAACCGGAAGGCAGAUUCUCGAAGGGUACCAGUCCUUCCUCGACUUCAAGGGUCUAGAGAAAUUGGUUCACGGCUACGACAUCCAAUGCGGAAAUGCCUUCGCGUACAAGAAAUUUAUCGAGAAAUACAUCGAUAGCAAGAACGUUCAGAUGUCGUUGGAUGCUGAUGAAGAAAGCGCGUUUCCAGAAGUCAAGCCCCGUAAGAUACCCGGGUUUUCACUAUUGAGGUGUGAUCCCGCGUUCUGCGGGUUGUUGUUGGCUACCAUACGCAAAGACAAUCACGAACUCGCCAUCGCACUUGCAUCGAACCAGGCUCACAUUAUCGGGAUGGCUCAUCUAUACAACGCCACUCGAUGCGCCGGACAUCUACCCAAGAAUCUGAAGUGGGCUGAUAUGGAAUGGCUUAUUGAGCAGCAAGGUAGCGAUUGGAUUUUCAUGGGCAAGAAGCCAGAACCAGUCCUUGCAAUCGGAAAACGCGCUAUGCUGGUAAUGGGAAUCCUAUACCAUGAAGCACAUAAAGGCUACAGGUCUAGCACACCGGGUGGAGGCGCAGCAUACUUGUCUCGCGUUAGUGCACCACGCCGCCUUAGGUGUCAUGCUCAGUAUCUCGAGUCGUCCAUUGCUAGGAAUCCACGCGAUCUGACGCAUCAGAAAGUCACGAAUGAUCUCCAACCAAGCAAAGCCACUCUUGUCAAGGUCGAAAUGCUGCUUGAAGCCGGUCACAAAACGUCUCAAAAAUCAGUCAAGAAGUUGUCUUCUCUCGAAAAGCUGCAUCUCUUCAAGCAGGCGGUUGUCAAGGACGAGACAGCUCUCACAUUCGAUGUGAUGGAGCUGUUUCUGCGAUGUAUCCGGAUAUUGCAGCAGGUCCAUAAGUACGCUCGUGCUGUUGCACCACUCGACUAUCCAGCGGCACUGUUCGAAGGAGGGAUCUGGUUGACCAACGUUAUCCUAUCCAUGUUGUUUCAUCUGAAAAAGCUUAAAGGGGAGCAUCCGUGCAUCCUUCCGGUGGUUGGUAUAAUGCUCCGCAAGAUGAUCGAGAAAGAGGGAGAUUCGGUUCUAAGGGGUGCUGCAGCGUUGCAGGAGAGCACGAGGCUUAGCUUUCCAGGAUUCCGGAGCGUGGAUGAACCGAGCUUCGACUGCCUACCGGAAGACCUGAUUCGUCCUCCAGUGCGAACAGAGUUUCCAUACUCGAUGUAUUGGCAGAUGCUGCAACAAGGGCCUUUCACGUCUUGA